CUAAGGAUAUACACAAUGUAUUUCAUCAAUAAUGAAGAUAUUCCUGAAAAAAAAUCAAAAUUUCUACCAAAACCGGAAAUCGUAUCAAAAUCAGAAAUCUUGCCAAAGAUGGAUGUUGAGCCAAAAUCGAAAAUCAUAUUACCACCAGAAUUACCUACGUCUAUUAAUGAAAAUACAACUCAACAAUUGAUUUCUAAUGAGAAUAAUGCUGGGAAACGAGUGUAUGGGCGAGCUAGGGCGAAUUUGAGCUUCAGUUCAUUUUAUAUAUUCUGUGAAGAUUUUCGCAAACAGCUUAACUAUUUAUACCCCCAUAAAAGUGAAACUUAUCAUAAGACUAUACUCAACUAUAUGUGGAAACAUUUAAAUAUCAGAGACAAACAUAAAUAUUAUGAAACUGCAACUAAAGCUCGCACGAUGUACAAUCUACCAGAACUUCCUUAUCUUACAGAAAAUAGUCAAGAAAAGUUAACAUACAAAUUUACCAAUAGUAACACUAACACAGAUGCUAUUAACUCCAGUGGUUCAAAAAUAGUUGGGAAACUAGUAAAAGUCAAGUUUUCAAAAUCAUGCACCGCACCAAUCAUAACGCCUCUGAAGUUACGAGACGUGGUUGAUCAAUUAGAUAAAUCGGCGUGCGGUCGGCGCCAAAACGAAGUUGACGGUUUCGGUGAAGGAAAGCUGCGACAAGAUCACGGUGAGAUAUCGGAACACCAAGAUCACGGUGAGGAAUACGUGCCACCGCCUCUCGGUCACCGUGACGGUCAAGCUGCAGGCAUCGACGAACCGCGGGGACGGUUGAUCGCCGGCUGCGACGUCCCGCUGAUCGUCACCGGUCCGGCUCCCAUCUAUCCGGCCAUCCGCGCUUCGCCGAGUCCCACCACAUCCACCAUCACCACCAGCCGCCUGCAGCUGCAGAAGUGUCCUCAGCAUCCUAAAUCCGAGGGAUCGACAACGUCUUCUGCCCGACCGGAAAUCAUGUUGCAACAGUACCAACAGCAACCGGAUUACACGCCCUACGGCGGCAUCGGGUACGGUGCGCAGCCCAACGCCGGUUACUUCAACUAUGCCGCCACCGAGUCUUCUUGGUACGGUUCGCCGUCGUCAGGCGCCGCCGAUCACGCGCAAAUGCAUGCCGGUUUAUCACAUAACGCGUGCAACACACAUAUCGGCGACAGUACAGGAAACUUCCUGAACCAUGGUUAUCAUCAGGCUACGUCGACAGGAGCGUCGACGUCUUCGGCAGAAUCGUUCGCCGCCAACAACCAUCCGGUGUCCCAGGCCGACAUGACAGACCCCAUGGCUGAUUUCUUGGGCGGCCACCAAAACAUGACCGAAAAUGAUAAGAUCAUCAAGGAGGAGUCCAUAGACUGGCUCUCGACCAUCAUUAACGACGAAGUAGUCGACCACGGUAACCGGUCUGACGCUUGUGAUGGGGGCGGUGGAGGUGUGGCGGGCUCAGGUGGCAACGGCAAACUCGUCGGAGACUUAGCUUGCGAGGGCAGGGAGUCCAACGGCCGGUUGCCCAACUUUCAUCAGGCAUUCGGGUCCACCGAGAUAGGCAGGUUCUCACAGCACGAGUACUACGAACCGCCCAAAGAAACGGCCAUCGGCGAAUGCCAGUCGGCGGGACGGUCGAGCUCGGCCGCCGCACAACAGCCCGGCGCCGGGACGUCGCAGCGACUCGACGAACAGCACACGGCGGCGUCGUCGUCGUCGUUCGAACCGCCGCGGCAACAGAACAGGCGUGGACGCGCGCAGCGUGGCGGGGGCCAAAACAGGCGCAACAAGCAGACUAGAACGGCGGCCGCCGCCGCUGCAGCGGCUGCCGCCGUGGCCGCCCAACAGUACGUGGGUUACGACGUGACCGGUGCCGCGAUGGGCAGGCACCAGGUACCUCCAUACCACCACCAAGACCCGUACAACCGGAACCAUCAUCAUCACGCCCAGCAGCAGCGGUACCACCAAGAAUACCAUCACCAAAACCAGCAUCAGACGCCGUACCAGAACCACCAACAAGAGUAUUACAGGCCGUACGACCGGAUGCACUACCAGCAACAACAGCCGCUGUUGCCAUCGAACCAGUACUACAACAGCAGCAACAGCAACAACAACGGGGGUGGAGGCAGUAAUAGCAACAGCAACAGCAACAUUAACAACAGUAACCGGGAACAGUCGUACGCUGGCGGAUACAACCGGUUUCACUCGUGCUGCUCUACCGAGCACAUAGCCAGACCCAGUCAUCACCACAACUACGGUCCGGGCCAGUACUACGGUGAUUACAACACCUACAACCAGUGGUGAUGAGGAUUCCUCAUCAUCUCCGCCGCCGCCGCCGUGUCGUAAAAUAUCGUUUUUAACGUCGUUCUAAAAAAAAUUAAGGUAUGUUUUGUUUGAGCACACCAACAACGGCGGGUGUGCCUUUCAAACACCCCCUCCCCAACCCCUUCACCCCACCCCUUCAGAUACAAAAAUAAUAUUUAUCAAAUUAAUAUUUGUAACUCACUAUCUGUGAUACGAUGACGAUGGUAAUACACGGUAUAGCGAUUAUUUGAUGUAUUAUUAUCAAACGUUAUUGUGCAACAACAAAAUUUGUGGCUUAAACGCGAAUAGAACGCCGUUUUUUUUUCUCGACACUCAACGAGUCAAUUAUAACGUCGAAAACGAAAUUCCCGAUUUAUAUAUAAUAUUCGUCUUCUGGUGACACGUAUUACAUCAACACCUGGAGUGUAAAAACGGUAACUCGAUGUCCUAUUUAAAAUGAUAACUUUAUACCUUUAUAACUAUUUAAAACAAUAUAAGAUUAUUGUUAUUGUAUUAAUCUAAUGUCGAACAAAAACCGCGCGUGUGGUAGUUGCGACCGGCAACGACAUUACUGCGAAUGGACACCGAAAUCGUUGGCCUCGAGUGAUCUAUAAUAUUUAUGUGAAAUGACAACGUGGUGCCAGAGAAGACUUUGACUGUCGGAUCUUGAAUCCUAUGGCGUGUCGUCAUCAUAAUUUGUGCGUGUUCUUCCUCAAAACGAGAAAAGGAUAAAAAAAACAAACCACGACGACGAAGGUCUUGUCUCGUUUCGAUGUUUUAUAAUCGUAUAAUUUACAUUAUAGUGUUUAAGUCGUUGUGCCUUAUUAAUUAACGGUUAAUGUUGUUAAAUGCACCAUUAUAUUAUUAUUAUUAUUAUAUUACGAUAUUAAUAAAUUAUAUAUUACUGUAUAAAAUAUUAUCGAUAGCAUAUUUUUUUUUUUACAUAAAUAUUUAUUAUUAUAUUAUAUAAAACAUAAAUGGCGACCGAAUCAGCGUUUAAAAAGUCCGGCGCCGGCAGUUUUAUUUACAUUUUGUUUUUAUUAUUAUAUUGUUUAGUUUUGUUUUCCGAUUCCGUUUGUAUAUUAUAAUAUUAUAAUAUAUCCUAUCUCUAUUGCUGGUAAGAGGGAGCAAUGAUACAAGUUUUUUAAGCUGUGCGCUAUAAUAUAUUAUUUCGUUUUAGACGAUAAGGCAGAGCCUGCUGCAGUGUUUUUAUCCUACUAAUAUUAGUUGUCCGUUUGUUUGUAUCAUUACUAUAUUAUUAUUAUUAUUAUUAUUAUUAUUAUCGAUAUUAUUAUAUUUUGUACGUGCGUAGUCUUCCUGAAUACAUUAUAUUAUAUUAUAUAAAUAUUAUUGUUAGGUCCGGUCAUAUUAUAAUAUAAUAUGUUGACGAAUGAGAUAAUACUACGUUAGAGCUUCCUCCGUUACAACCCCAUCGCGACAAUAUCUGGUCACUGCGGCACCGCGAUUAGUUGUAUUAAUCAUUAUUAUUAUUAUAUAUAUAUUUUUUUUUUAUGGUCAUUUCUGUUUUUAUUAGUUUUUUUUUCACUUUUGAAAACGGAAGUUAGGCUCAACUGUUACAUGGACCAAUAGUAAAAUAAAUUUAUGUACCUACCUACCUAUAAUUAUGUAAUAUUCAAUAACCGAGUUUUCUGUCACUGUGAUCGAGUAUGUAUAUGUUACGCAUACAUAUUAUGUCAAAUAAUGAUGUAUUAUUACAAUACCGUAGUGCGUGUUUGACCUUUACACGAGAAAAUAGAAAAAAAAAUAACGAUAAAGCCAUUAUAUUCCUCUAUAGCUUCGCGAAAUCGUGAGAAAAUAAAAUAAUAAUUAACCUAUUAGCUAAUAAAAUUAUUAAUUAUACAUUAUUUUAUAGGAAAACACAAUCUAUAGCUACGUGAAUUUAAAGUUUGUGUAGAGUACACUUCCCGCAAGGUACAUAUAAUAACAUUGCAGCGUUAUGCCUUCACGGUAUAAUAAUAUUAUAAUAUUAUGUGCAUACACACAAAACGGCUUGAUAAUAUUACAUAAUGUUAAAAUACAGUGAACUAUGGAAAUUCCGGUCGAAAAAUCUAUGGAAAAACGUUUCUUUUCCGUUUCGUCUCUGCAGACAGUCGUCCAACAACAUACGCGCGUUUAGGACGUGUAAGUUCGUUACGUUGUUUUCGUAUUGUUUUUUACGUUAUUCUCGCCGACGACAUUCGAACAACAGCUCGCCACACACGCACACGCACGAGACUCGCCAUAAUAAUAAUAAUAAUAAUAAUAUAACAGAUAUCAUAUUAUCAGAAAAUUCGGAAUGUGGCCGUGCCAUAAUAAUGUUACAUCGAUGUUUGCCUUCGUUGCGUUUUUUAUCUUCUCGUGCGAUGUGGCGAUGGAAUUAUUACGCACCGAGAACGACUUUUUUUUCGUCACCCGACCCCGUCGAGCACACAAUAUUAUUAUUCCACCAUCUAUUCGACGCGUACAUCUCGGUGUCGUAGUGUCCUAUUCAUAAUGUGUGGACAUGACGUACCUAUACCUGCAAUGACACCAGUCAUCAGAUGAUCACCUCUCGUUGACGUCAGAGCGUGCGUAGUAUACAGGGUCAUGGACGUGCGAAAACGAUCGAUACAAACCAACUAUACAAAUAUUAUUAUUUAAUUAUUUUAAUAUAUUAUGAUUAUUAAUAAUAAUAAUAUCACGCCGUAUAUGUACUGUAGCCGGAUACACAUACGCUGAUAGCCGGAUAAUCGCGGUCGUCCGAAAAACCAUUAAACCAUAAUAUUAUAUUAUAAUAUAGACUUUUUUAUUAUUACUAUUAUUAUUUUAUGCACACAUUGCGGUUCGGUUCUCUUGCAGUGUUGUGUAUACAGUCCUCCUUUACGUUAUUAUUUUAUAUUAUUAAAAGUGUUGUUAACAUUACUAUUAUUAUUAUUAUUAUUAUUAUUAUUAU